CAACCAUUGAAAAUAAGACCUCCAACAGCCUUUUAAAGCCAGUGUGCAAUCCUUCCUUGUGUCAACAAGUUUGGAGUGAAAGUCUUACAACAAUAAGAAAUUCACAUCCUGAGAGCCAAUCAUUUGUCUGUCAUGCUGCUAACCAAGAUGUAUCAACUCAUGCCUUGUCUUGCAGAAUACAAAAGAAUAUAGGUCCAGAAUCUGAACCCAAUGACAAAGUCACCAGUGUAGACCCACUUAUUAAUACAGACUUCAAGGGUAAGUUAAAGGACAAACAGUCUACUUCAAUUAGCACCAAGUGGAAGCUAUAUAAAAGUAAUAUUUUAAAAG